AUGAAGCGACACGUUUCCCUCCUCGCAGCCUUCCUGCUGCCCCUUAUCCACACAUGCAGUGCCUCGGCGUGGAAUGUCACCUUCUGUGCAACUCACGACGACUUCUCAGACGACUGCACCGUCGCCAACAGCCAAAAUUGCACGCAGUUCAACGGCGACGGUUGCGACUGCUACAAGACGAACGGAACCGCGGGAGCGUUCUACACCGAAGAUCUCGGCGACAGCACCGAGUUCUUCGUCUAUUCGGACGACAAUUGCAAGGAUAUCAACAUGGCGUACGACCAGGGGACAGUCAAACAGUUCUGUUUUGCCCAGCACUAUUCGACCAAGUCGUUCUCGUUUCUUUGUAAAUGA